GAGACGUAGAGAGUGCAGCCUGCAGCAGCUGCAGCCAGACAGCCGGUCACUCAUGAGCACCCAAGGAGCAGAACCAGAGAUGGAUGACUGCCUAGAGACCCUGAAAGAUGAGGAGGAGGCUUUGUGGGAGAACGUGGAGUGCAACCGGCACAUGCUGAGCCGCUACAUCAACCCAGCCAAACUGACCCCCUACUUACGGCAGUGCAAAGUCAUCGACGAGCAGGAUGAGGAUGAGGUGCUCAACUCACUCAUGCUGCCCUCCAAAAUUAACAGAGCAGGCCGGCUGCUGGACAUCCUCCACACCAAGGGCCAGAGGGGUUACGUGGUGUUCCUAGAGAGCCUGGAGUUUUACUACCCUGAACUCUACAAACUGGUGACAGGGAAAGAGCCUACACGGAGAUUUUCCACUAUUGUUGUGGAGGAAGGACAUGAAGGUCUUACCCAUUUCCUAAUGAAUGAGAUCAUCAAGCUCCAGCAGCAGGUGAAGACAAAAGAUGUGCAGCGCUGUGAGCUCCUGGCGAAGUCCCGCCAGCUGGAGGAUGAGAGAAAGCAGCUAAAGCUGAACAAGAUAGAGCUGCUGACCUUCCAGGAGAGAUACAACAAGAUGAAGGAGGAGAGGAAUAACUACAAUGAUGAACUGGUCAAGGUGAAAGAUGAGAACUACAACCUGGCCAUGAGAUAUGCCCAGCUGAGUGACGAGAAGAGCAUGGCUGUGAUAAGGAGCCGGGACCUGCAGCUGGAGAUUGACCAGCUGAAGCAUCGCUUGAACAAGGUGGAAGAGGAGUGCAAGCUGGAGAGGAACCAGUCCUUGAAGCUGAAAAAUGAUAUUGAAAACCGACCCAAAAAGGAACAGGUUCUGGAGCUGGAGAGGGAAAAUGAGAUGAUGAAGACUAAAAUCCAGGAGUUACAGUCCAUCAUUCAGGCUAACAAGAGGGGUUUGCCAGAUUCAGACAAAGCCAUUUUGGAUAUCCUGGAACAUGACCGUAAGGAGGCACUGGAGGAUCGCCAUGAGCUGGUCAACAAGAUCUUCAAUCUCCAAGAGGAGAUUCGUCAUGUGGAGGACUUAAGAGACAAGUAUCUUGAGGAGAAAGAAGAUUUGGAGUUAAAGUGCUCAACACUAGGAAAAGACUGUGAGAUGUACAAGCACCGCAUGAACACUGUGAUGAUACAGCUGGAAGAGGUGGAAAAGGAGCGGGACCAGGCAUUCCGCUCGCGUGACGAGGCUCAGACCCAGUACUCCCACUGCCUGAUUGAGAAGGACAAGUACAGGAAGCAGAUCCGGGAGCUGGAGGAGAGGAACGACGAGCUGCGGAUCGAGGUGGUGCGCAAGGAAGCGUGCAUCGUCAACCUGGAGUGCAAACUGCGGCGCCUCUCCAAGGACAGCAACUUCCUCGACCAGAGUUUGCCACGGAAUCUCCCCAUCACCGUUAUCUCCCAGGCCUUUGAGAGCUCUGGCCCAAAAGCCAAUGGUCAGGAAGCCGAUGACUCCUCCACUUCUGAGGACUCUCCAGAAGACAACAAAUUCUUCUUGCCUGAUCAAGUUCGUCUCAAGAGAAGAGUGAACCUAAAAGGGAUCCAGAUAAGUCCAAGAGCUAAAUCUCCUGUCAGCAUGAACAAAACAUCAGAGUUUCAAGCAGCCAGAGCACAGGAUGAGGAUGGGGCCGAGGGCAGCACCGGCCGCACGGACACGAGCUCCUCUGUGUCCAUCAGCAACUCCAUCAGCAGCUGUGAAGUCACCAAGAUUCAAACCCUGCGGAACCGCAACGACAGCAUCAUGUCCACCACCCCCGAGCCGCCCGGCAACGACUCCAUCGUGCGGCGCUGCAAGGAGGACACCCCUCACUGCAGCCUGGUUGAAGAGGACAAUGACAGCUUUGGAUGUGAUGCUUUGGAGAUGGAUGAUGACAGUCAUGACAGGCAUUCACAUGGAGCUCCUUCAGUGCACUCUUCCUCUUCUUCUCAUCAGUCAGAAGGCCUGGAUGCCUAUGAGCUCGAGCAUGUCAACUCCAUAUUUAGGAAGUUCUCUCUGGAAAGACCCUUCCGUCCCUCUGUCACGUCCGUGGGCCGCAUCAGGAGCUCGUGUCACACGGUGCAGCGCGUGACGCUCAACGGGGACAGCCUCAACUCAGAGAUCACCCUGCUGGGGGGCAAUGACAAAGGCAGCUUCGUCAGCUCUGUCAAGACAGGCUCCCUGGCAGAGAAAGCUGGCCUUCGGGAGGGACACCAGAUCCUCCUGUUGGAGGGCUGCAUUAAAGGGGAAAAUCAAAGUGUUCCUUUGGAUACUUGCACAAAGGAAGAAGUUCACUGGACAAUUCAGAGGUGCAGUGGUCCAGUAACACUCCAGUAUAAAUCAAAUCAUGAAGGGUACCGCAAGCUGCUGUCGGAGCUGGAGGAGGGGCUCAUCACCUCGGGGGACUCGUUCCACAUCCGCCUCAACCUGAACAUCUCCAGCCAGCUGGACUGCUGCUCCCUGUCGGUGAAAUGUGAUGAGAUUGUCCACAUUCUGGACACCAUGUACCAGGGCAGGUGUGAGUGGCUGUGUGCCAGGGUGGAUCCCUUCACUGACAGGGACCUGGAGAUGGGGACCAUUCCCAGCUACAGCAGAGCCCAGCAACUCCUUUUGGUGAAGCUGCAGCGGUUGAUGCACAGAGGAAGCAAAGAUGAGACAGAAAACUCCUACAACACCCUACGGGCCCUGCGGAAUACAUUGCAGCCAGAGGAGCCUGCCCUGCAGAGCGACCCCAAAACCAGCCCUCGCCUAUCCAGAGCAAGCUUUCUUUUGGGCCAGAUUUUACAGUUUGUCAGUAGGUCUGAGAACAAAUACAAACGAAUGAACAGCAACGAGCGGGUCCGCAUCGUCACAGGCUGGCCCUCAGGCCUGUCACUGAGCUCAUCCGAAGGGAAGAAGCAGCUGCCUGAUAAACUGGAAGAUUUGGAUUCAGAGAGUGAACUGGACAAGAAGCUCAGUCUGAUCCCUUACAGCUUGGUGAGACCCAUCCACUGCGAGCGCAGGCGCCCCGUGCUCUUCACCCCCACCAUGCUGGCCAAGCCCUUGGUACAGAAGCUUCUCAACUCUGGAGGUGCCCUGGAAUUCAACAUAUGCAAGCCAGAUAUUGUAACAAAGGAAGAGUUCUCAAGGAAGCAAAGGACAGAGACUGUCAUCUUCAGCAGAGAAAAGAAUUUGAACACAUAUGAAUGUAUUGUACCUGCCAACAUCGAGGCUGUUGCUGCCAAGAACAAGCAUUGUCUCCUGGAAGCUGGAAUAAGCUGCACGAAGGAUUUAAUCAAAGCCAAGAUAUAUCCUAUUGUUCUCUUUAUAAGAGUCUCAGAGAAAAACAUCAAGAGGUUCAGGAAACUGCUGCCAAAGCCAGAGACUGAGGAUGAGUUUUUACGGAUGUGCCGCCUGAAGGAGAAGGAACUGGAGGCACUGCCCUGCCUUUAUGCCUCUGUGGAGGCAGAGGCUUGGAGCAGCAUUGAGGAUCUCAUCCGGACAAUAAAGGACAGGAUCGGGGAGGAGCAGCGGAAAACCAUCUGGGUGGAUGAGGAUCAGCUAUGAAAGCCCUCAGGAGCACGGAGCUCUUUGGUGAGGAAAGGACACAUCCAGGUGGAGCAGGGCUCCUCACAAUCCUCUGGUUGGGUGCCCAGAGCUCACUCCUGUUUCACCCUUGCUGCUGGGGCACUCCCUGCUGGCAGGAUGCAUGUCUGGAACGGGACUGGAGCUGUGUUGAAGAGCCAAAGUCUCAGAUGCUGGGAUCCAGGCUGUGGGGCCACCACCACAAUUUCUGAUCCACUGCCAUUUCUUAAGGGACAGCACCUGUUUAACACACGAGGACAAAGAUCUUGAGCAGGAGCUUGGGGUAAUUUAUUAUGUUCAACAUAUGGAUCUCUUUGGUCUCAUUCAAAAUUUCUGAUGAGAACAAAUAAGUGGAAUCUGAAAGGGAUAAGGCAUGGGGAUUGGGGAGCAGGAUGUGGAACUGAGAUGUGCCCCACAUCUCCCUGAGAUGAGAUUCUGAACACACCCAGCUGAGGAAGCUGAAGGCUGGUUGGGACCAGCAGCAACACAACUGCUGAUGACCAGAGCAGCUCUGUAGCCCUGGUUCUCCACAGCCAUUUUCAGCCUUUUUAAUCAAAAAAGAAGAAAAUAACUAUUCCUCCUGGCAUUAACUAAAAUGAAAAUUUUCUCUUUUGUUUGAAACCCCAGUUUUAUUUAACAGUUUUGCAGGUUUCCUUUGUAGUCCUGCGCUUACAGGAAAACAGGCUUCACUGUCCCAGUGGCACAUCAGAUCUUUCCACAUCUGCCAACAUUUCAUUUAGUUUAUCCCUGCCUCUGCAUUGUAUUCAUUUGUACAUCCCUCAGUUUUUAACAUUUUUUUACUCACGGAAAAUACCAUGGUGCUUUCUUCAGACAACAGGUUUCUGUAUUUCUUCACUGAAAUAUUUCUCUACAACAUCAUUGCCUGCCAAUAUGCCCACUCUCAACAGGAGGGACUAUUCUUAGAAGAAGAAAAGGAGGAUAUCAUAAGCCAGUAAUUGCUGUGAACCACUCAGUCCUUGACCUGUGUGCCAUGAGCAGCAGCGAGGAGCCCGGCGGGCACCGCGCUGAGCUGUGGCCAAGUGGGAUAAUGCUUCCACAAGUGUGUGUAGGGCUGAGCAGACCAUGUCCCGUUUUCAAAAGCACUUAAGUCCUCAAAGAGUUUAAGUUCCACUGCUCAUGAGUGUGACUUAUACUCCUAAAUCUUUUCAGUCUUUGAAAUCUUUCCUCUCGGCAUUAGACGCUGUACUGAGAUUGCCAAAUUGAUCCAAUAAAACUGACCCGAUAAUAAUGACUCGCGCAAUUGCUGAUCUGAAAUGCAAUAAAAAUUGACCUACAGAUGAAGAGUGGUCCAUCCCAUUGUCCUUAGAUCCUUUUUUCCUUGCCAUAUCACUCCCUUUUAAGAUGCAUUUAAUAACAAAUUUCCUUUCCUUCUUCAUUCAUCCUCAGUCCCCCGUCUUGGUGCUGUGGGCUGAUGUGCAGUAGCAGGCAAUAAAAAAACAAUCGGAAUCUAAACAGAACAUCUGGCCUGGUUGCC